UCACAGUUUUUAUGUUUUUUCUUGUUCUUAAUUUUCUGUUUCCACUAAGUGAUUUUGAUCUCCUGUUCAGUCUCUCUCACCUCCUAAACUCCCCUCGUUCGCCCUUUGUAUUUUCUCAGUCUUUUCAAAGAAGCUGAAGCUGCAGACCCUCCUCCAUCAGCGUUUACAUAGUGUGUGUGUGUGUGUGUGUGUGUAUGAUUUACAUUACUGAAAAAAACCACCAACCCCCUUACACAAAAGCCCACACACACACACACACACUGCACGCUCUUCCACUCAAACAUCCCUAUCUCAUUAUCUCUCCCUCUCUCUCCCUCUCUCUCUCUCUCUCUCUCUCUCUCUCUCUCUGCUGUGUGUGUGUGUGUGUGUGUGUGUGUGUGUGUGUGUGUGUUUGCCGAUGCGUCGCGAUGUGUCCGCUGCUGAGCAGGUGUUCAGUUCAGUCAUUCAGAGCCGGAGCUCCACACUGAGGAGCAGACAGACACCGGGCGCUCUCUCUCGCUCUCACACUCAGGACCGAGCAUCUUCAGUGGGGGGGGGGCUGCCGGAGUCUGUGCCCCCUUCCCCCUCUUGAUGAUGAUCCAGAGCUCAGGAGAGCCGGAGGCAGCCAGGAGGCAUCAGACAGAGAGGUUUUAAUCCAGCCGAGGAGACUCACACGCUGGGAUAGAUCUGCUGCUGACCCGCCUGUUGGACCUCCUCCAGGUCUUUCACCUUCCAGCCUUUGCGAUUAAAAUCCUCAGAAACAGGAACACAGAUUCUACAAUCGUUUGCACAUUUUAAACGUACUUCGACAGCUUUGGAGCAACUUUGUUUUGUCUGAUUACGAUCCCACAGGUGUCCCCUCUGCUCGUCUCUUUGGAUUUUUGCUUCUGGGGCAGGAUUUUGGACCAGUACAGGAGAGAGACUGGGAUCCAGUUUAAAUCAAACUGGACUGUUUGAGUCCAUCGGGAGGUCAGACUGAGUCCUUCAGUCUCUGUUUCUCUUACCGGAAAAGGAGAAUUAAUUUGAUUCUACAGAAACCGUUUAAAUAAAACAAUGUGAAUCAAACUCUUCUGAGAACGAUCGUCUCACAGUCGUGAUGUAAAAGCAGCGGUUGUUACCGUGACGAUGCUGUGGACAGUUUGACACGACGGAGCGAGGAUGCAGAAGAAACUCUGAAACUGAAAACGUUAGAUUUUUAUUUAUUCUGAGUGUUUGAUGUUCGGACUCUCGGCGCAGGAAGAAAGGUGGGCGGAAGGCGUGAGAACUUUCUGAACAUCCUGUUGUUGUUCUCUCGGAUCUCGUUCUGCUCAUUCUGGUCAGACUAUAAGCUCUCUCGGUUGGCUCAGACGUGGACUCACAGGCCGGCAGGAGAUGCUCUGAUCAGAGACUUGAAGCCCCUGUUUUACACGGGAAUCCCUCGAUCCUCACUGAGUCUGGACAGACGCCUCCCGGUAGUCAUGACGCAGCAGAUGCAGAACCUGCAGUUGUCUCAGACCAGGAAGUGUCCCGGUGGCCCCGCCUCCCCGAGCGCCGCCAAGCGUCUCUACAGGAACCUGUCGGAGAAACUGAGAGGAAGCACGUCGUCCUUUGAAGACACGUACUUCUUCAGCAAGACGGACCGCCUGCGCAAAGCCUCGACGAUGCAGGGCAGCGACUGUAUCUUCGAGGCGGUGGAGCAGCAGGACUUGGACUCGGUGCAGAUCCUCCUGUACCAGUUCUCGGCCGAGGAGCUGGACCUGAACACGCCCAACAGCCAGGGCCUGACGCCACUCGACAUCGCCAUCAUGACCAACAACACGCCCAUCGCCAAGCUGCUUCUGAAGGCCGGCGCCAAGGAGAGCCCGCACUUUGUGAGUGUGGAGAGUCGGGAGGCCCACCUGAGCUCUCUGGUGGUGGAGGCGGAGCGCCGGGCGUCCGAGCUGGCGGCUCAGGCGCAGAGAGAAGGUCUGUCUCUGGAGGCGUGUCAGAAGGACAAACAGCUGAGAGCCUGGGAGUGGAGGAGCAAACUGUACAAACGCAUGAGGACGGGCUUCCAGCACGCACGUGCCCCGGAGGCCCCGUCCAUGGUUCGUUUGAGCGUGAGCAGUAGCAGCACGCUGACCGUCACCUUCCAGGAGCCCCAAUGUCUCAACUCCACCGUGGUGACCAAAUACAGAGUGGAGUGGAGCUGCCUGAAGGAUUUCUCUCUGCUCGCCGGAGAGACGGUGUUGGAUAAUCUGCAGAGCCUGAAGUGCAUCAUCAGCGGCCUCACCACGGGUCGUCUUUACUACGUCAGGGUGUCGGCGUUCAACAUGAGGGGCUGGGGUCCGCCCGCCUCCUCCCUCCCUCCGUCUGCUACUCCUUCCAAUUGGAGGGAGAGCGACGGUCGGGAGCCGAGGAGGCGGGGCCACAUCGAGGCCAUGGAGCGUCUGCUGCAGCAGGUCCGAGCGACACACACACACUACUGCUGCGGAGACGCGUCGAAGCUGCAGAACCCGAGCAGGAAGCAGUCGGUCUCCCGGAGUCUGAAACACCUCUUCAACUCCUCCAACAAGUUUGUGAAAACUCUGAAAAGGGGGAUCUACCUGGCCGCCGUGUUCUACCACAGAGACAGUUUACUGGUGACGGCCGAGGAUCAGAUCCCCAUCGUGGAGGUGGACGACUCGUACAGCAGCUCGCUCAUGCAGGACUUCCUCUGGUUCACUAAGCUGUCCUGCAUGUGGGAGGACGUGCGGUGGUUGAGACAGAGCAUGUCCGUCUCCAUGUCGUCGUCCUCCACGCUGCAGGCUCGACACAAGAUGCUGACGGCGGCCGGUCAGCUGCAGAGUCUCCUCGGGACUCACAACCUGGGCCGCGUCCACUACGAGCCAAUCAAAGACCGCCACGGGAACGUGCUGCUGGUGACGAUCCGCGACAUGGAGAGCCAGCACUCUCUGUUCAGCGGGAAGUGGAUGCAGGUGACCAAACUACAGAGCCAGAGGAAGAGCCUGUCCACGCCCGAGGAGCCGUACGCCCUCGACAUCCUCGUCAUCACCAUCCAGGACAUCCUGGCGUAUCAGCGGCGCAGCGUGAACCGUCUCUCUCCGGGUCUGUACCUGGGUUACCUGAAGCUCAGCAGCUCUGUGGACCAGAUCAGAGUCCUGGUGUCCCAGAGGAUGCCCAACAUGCUGUGUCACAGCCGCAUACGAGACAACGCCAACGUCUCCAGGGAAGAGUGGGACUGGAUCCAGACGCUGUCGGCUGCAGGAGAAAAGGAGGGUGAGGAGGCGGGGCCAAGCACUGAGAGCCACGCCCCUUUACUGUACUACGAGCUGCAGACGGCCAUCAAGUCUCUGCUGAAACACAUCAACCUACCUCUGCACCAGGCCCGUCACUUCCGUCUGUACAGUCAGGAGGUCGUCGAGCUCGGUCACGGCGUCUCCUUCCUGCUGCUGCUCCCCGCCGCCGACAACGUUUGCUCCGCCCCCGGACAGUCCAACCCAUACACACCUCUGUCAGGGUUCCUCCACCUGCCUCUGCAGAUGUUUGAACUCGUUCACUUCUGCACGUACAAAGAGAAGUUCAUCAGUCUGUACUGCCGCCUGUCCUCCGUCCUCGACCUCGACGCCCUCAUUACCCAGCAGGCAUUGAGGGAAGCGAUCACUGACAGCGAGGUGACCACGGCUAAACAGAGACACCAGCUCAUACUGGACUACAUCCAGCAGUUGGACGAGAUGCGUCGUGACCUCCGCUGGAUCACAGACGCCCUGCAGUACGCUCGCUACAAGCAGCCCCGUGGCGGUGUCCCCAUCACCUGCCUGGUGGACGCCAACGCUCCGGAGAGCGACCCCAGCCAGCAGAAGAAUGACUCCACCUCCUCCAACAUGGACUACCUGCCCACACCUUCCCCUUCACCGGAGCUCCGCAGGAGGAAGGCCAUCAGCGACUCUCUGCUCGGCUCAGAUGAAGACGGGUCCUCGGAGGUUUUCCUGCCGACAGACAGCGACUACGACUCGAGCGACGCCCUGAGCCCCCGCGAGCUGGACCUGCUCUACUCUCCCCCCCAGGGUCUUUCCCAGCAGGCCCUGCACUCCCUGGGCGGCAGCGCUCCAGACGUGCUCCAGAUCCAUGAGCUCAGGUACAGCGUCUGCCCCCCCACAGACCUGCCCCUCUCUCCCGCCCUGAAGGACCCUAAAUCUUCCCCCCUCCUCACCCCGCACUCCCCCUCUCUGUCCAAGCACUUUCCGUUCUCUACCUCGGCUUUGCCUCGUUCUCCCUCGCUUUCCAGGACCCUCCCAACCUCCCCCUCCCUCCCCCUGUCCCCCAGAUUCUCCAACGACCUCCCUCUGUCCCUCCCCCUCUCCCCUGCGCUGUCCGACACCACCAAGACACUGGAGGGCCUGUCCCUCUCAAAGGAGGGCAUCGCCCCCCUGAGGGCCCUCGCUAACCCCCCCGCCAAACGAAAGCUGCUCUCCAGGAGCCACCGGGGUCAGUACUUCAGCGGUCCUCAGCGCUGGCUCAAGGGUCACAGCGGGGAGAGCCUCACCGGGUCUCUAUCUGAGGGGGUCUACACCAAACAGGUGGACCAGGACCUGACUCCGCUCGGGGACAGCCCCUCCCUGCAGGGCACCACCUAUGUAAGCCACGCCUCCUGCGUCCUGGAGAGCAGGAAAGGUCGACAGCGAGAGCCCCGACCCCACAUACGCCGGAUCUUUGUAGAGCCUUGCAAGGAGCUGUCUCCAGGCCACGAGAGGAGGGACUGGGGGGAGGGGGAGCUGGGGGGAGGGACGACGGAGGAGGUGACGGCGGCAGGUGUGUCGGUGGUUGUGGCUCAGGUGGAGUCGGAAGGGGAGGGGGAGGAGCCAGAGGGAGCCGCCACCCAGGAAGUAGACUCAGACGACCAAACAAACGCCCAGGUGUCAGAGAUCCUGAGCAGCACGCUGUAGUGACGACCUGCCAGACGUGACCUCUCCGUAGAUUGUAAACUAAAGUUGCUGGUUCAACUCCGCCACGCCUCAGAACCCAUGGCAUCGACUGUUACAAAGAAGAAAAAAAAUCAAUGCAAACGACAAGCCAACACUGCUUCUCCGAAACAGAAAACUUUGCACACUUUGACCAAAAACAAGAAGCUUUGAUUGAUUGUGGCUUGGAUACAGAAAUAUGACGCCUUCUCUCCCCCCGGUUUAGUUUAAUUCACAUCGCUGAGAAGGAUUCCUGUCGUUGAUUAUCUCCCUGUGUUAAGAGCAUGGAUUCUCCUCUACUUGAAGUGAAUGUACAGUUCGGGUCUCAAUGUGGUCGAUUUUACCUGUGGUCAGUUUUAAAGAUUAUAUUACAUUUAUAUGAUUCCCCAGAGUUUUAAACCGCCUAACAGACCACUAAAACCUUCUGAAGUAUUUUUGUGAUCUGGGGUUGAAGUCGUGUUUCCCGAGACGUUGGUGGACGGUCAGAUUUGUGUUUUGUUGGCAUGAAGUCGUCUGUAGCCGUUCGUCUGGACUGAAGCGUCUCGUCCAGUUUGUGCCUCCUCCUGGUUCUGCAUGACGCCGUCAGGGUCACGGGGGGGUGUCAGGAUAUCUCUGUCUGCACUUUGCCCCCCCCCCCCGGACUCACAUUUCAGCCGGGCCUGACGGUGUUUGUUGUGCUGUCGUGUUGACUUUUCGUUAAGCUUCUUCUUUUCGUUUUUUCUGAGGCUGCUGCUGUGUUUUAUCUUUUCUUACAAGCUGCACCAAAAAAAACGUUGAUUUUUUUGUGAGAAGUGAAACUCUGGUCGGUUUGAACAUGCACAGAUCCUUCACAUGUAUGCACGGUAUUUUAACUGUGCGUUUUUCAUGUUUGCGGAUAGCAAUUAUGGAAUAAAAGCUAAUGGAAUAGAUUUGAUACAUUUGGGCAUUAACUGUGGCAGCUUCUCUCAUUAAUGACGGUAAAAAGGUCAAUGUCCUCAAACGUGUUGAUGAAGUAUUCAUUUACAGGUGUUGUUUUUGUUUUGAAUGUGUAGCACAAAUCCUGCAGGACUCACAAAGUACUGCAGUCACCUCGUCAUGUGGAAGAAGAGUUGGUUAUUAAAACAUUUAUGGAGGUAAAACAGAAAAGAUCACGACAAAAUCCAAUGUGGAGUCGGGGGUGAUUAGCGUAGCGUAGCUUAGCAUAAAGACUGAAAGUGGAGGGAAACUGCCAACCAGGAUCAGUUACAUUCUUAUUAUCAUUUAUUUAUUUGUUAUUUGGUUCUGUUUGUUAUUUCAAACAAACAGAAGUGUAAAAAUUACUGAGUGAGUCACCGAGCCAUGGCUAGCAGUUUCCCUCUGCUUUCAGUCAUUAUGCUAAGCUACGCUAAUCAAAGAAAUGACUUUGCAACCAUUGUUUUUCUUUUAUGUUAGACACAGAAAUGAGAGUGACGUCCAGCUGAACAUCCCAACCUCAGAAAGAGAGAGAAUAAAUAUAAAAGUAUUAAAAAACUAUUCAUUUUGUUUUUAUUUUAGAAUGACACCCAUAGAUUUUAUUUUUGUAGCUUUGGUUGUUAAUCGUUUGGUUUUAAUAAAUCAGGUAACAGUUGAGACGAACACGAGCAGACAUGUUGGGAACAAACAGAUUUUAAACUUUUUUACUUCGAAGUCGUCACGAUACCAGAGCUUUAAACUUCGAUACGAUUCUAGUGAAAAUCAAACGAUAUCGAUACCUGUUUUAAAAACCAAGAUGACAAAAGUCACUCUAUCUCCCUCUUUCUCUCUAGACACCCCAAUGUUAGGUCAUUUCUUAUUCGAUUAUUAUAAAUUGCAGACAAACUCCUGCACACUGUCUGUGUUGAACUAAAAUGAUUUUUUCCAAUUCAGACAGUGAGCAGGAUUUUGUCCUGCCUCAUGAGAAAGAUUGAGUUGUGUUAAAGCGUCGGUACUUUUUGUUGCUCUCGUUCUUUAAAAUAACAGAAUGUAUUGAUUUAAAGGUCAUAUAAUAUUUAAAAUCCUCUUCUCCAUGUUCCUCUAACUCUAACAUGUGUCUCUAGUCUGUCUACAAACCCCCAAUCAUGAGAAAAGUCCAUCCUCUCCGUCUUCUGCCUGCUCCACUUUUCAGAAAAUGUGUGCUCAAACAGGCCGUUUGGAGAUUUUCCCUUCAUGACAUCACAAAGGGCAGUAGCCCCUCCCCCAGGUGGGUGACACUCCCACAGCUAGGUGUUUGUUCUGCCCUCUGAGUCUGCCUUCUCACCAUAAACAAUAGGACAUGGAGCCAGAAAGACCGAGACACCCAAGCCCUUUCAGAGAGGGGGCGUGGUCAGACACAGCUCAUUAACAUAUUUAAAGGUACAGACACAGAAAUAAGAUAUGUGAUCUUUAAAGGUAGAGCUUGUAUCCGAUCUAAUGCGUUUGGACUCUGUACUUACAUGUUGAUGUCCGUCCUGUGUGAGGGUUCAGGUGAGUCUGUGUCACCUGGAGCGACUCCUCUCUCUUUCUUUUCUCUCUUCAUGUUUGUUUUUUACGCCCCGAGGCGUUCUGUCUUUGUGGAUAUUUUUCUCUCUGGACGACAUCACGGACUCAUUUCUAACUCCGGACUUUAUUUAUUUGCAGCUGAAGGACGAUUAAAAAAAGACUCCAUUGUUUUCUCCACGUCUGAACUCACAGGAUUGGAUGUAUUUUAAGAACAGAAAUAAACUUUGUGGAUGUUGUGCACUUAAACCUG